GCCUGGGCAGCUGGAAGGAAACAGUACCUGCCCUGCUGCAGCCACAGCUUCCUUCUUGAAAUUCCUGGAAAAUGCUGGUAGCCAACCCCCAGCUCAGCAGAUUCAGGAGCGCCCUGCAUCUCAACUUGACCAUGACACGGCCCAGGCAGUCCUCCCUCUGGCGGCCCUUGCCCUCUCUGCUUCCUUAUAAAAGGCAGGCAGGGCCACCAGCAUUGCAGAGAGGCUGAGACCAGCCCAGAAAGUUCCAGAUCUCACGCCCCAGCUCCCUGCGGUCAUGAGGGUCUCCGCAGCGCUUCUGUGCCUGCUGCUGGCAGCUGCUGCCUUCAGCCUCCAGGCGCUCGCCCAGCCAGGUGCAUUUAGUGCCCUGUUCCCUUGCUGUUUCACGUUUAACAAUAAGAAGAUCCCCUUGCCGAAGCUGACGACCUAUCGAAUCACCAGCAGCCACUGUCCCCAGACAGCUGUCAUCUUCAGGACGAAGCUGGCCAAGGAGAUCUGUGCUGACCCGAAGGAGAAAUGGGUCCAGGAGUAUGUGAAACAGCUCAGUCAAAAAUCUCAUGCCCUGAAGCCUUGAACUCGUCCAGCCACACUAAGACCAAGCCAGAGUGUGAGAAACGACGAUUUAUUCACCUCCAGCCUGCCCGGCUAUACCCUGGACUAAUUUUACUGUAAUUUUCAAACAGGGUGCUUUCCAUAUUGUGAUGCAAAAAAAAAAAAAAAAAAAAAAAAAAGUACUAGGUCUUAAGUAAUAUUUAUUGUUAUUUGAAUUGCUGCCGGCCUUGGGGUUGUUUUUAAUAUCGGUGAUCUUUUUUUAAAGCAAGGCCUUGAGCCAGCUGCUUCCCGUCAUAAGCCCCAGUUCCCCGGCCUAUAAGCUGCCAGCAGCGGGUCUGUCUCUGCCUAACUCCCCAGCCAUUGUAUGGGCUUCCAGAUCUUGGGUUGCUGCGAUCCGGGAAGGGGAAGACCUUGCGAAUGUGAAGUGUAGCUAACUAGGUUAGUGCAGAAAGGAGAAGGCCAUUGGUAAGAUUGUGGGCUUGUUGCAGAAAAUACAUUUUGUUUAAAAUCUCCUAAGGGUGUUUUCUUGGGGAAGCGGCACUUCCAACCAGUAGGGGGCGCUCCC